GGUACAGAAAAGUCAAAAGGAAUGGAGCGUGGUGAUAGGAGUUACAGACCAACACUGGGUACACCUGGCGUUUGCUUGGAACAAAACCGGAAACCUGGACACCUACAUCAACGGCAUCAAGCAGUUUUCGGUUGCUGGCGAGAAUAGGUCGAUUGCCGACCAAAACUGCUUCGACAGUCUCGCUUUCAAUAGCCUGUCAAACGAAGUUGCCUGGGAAGACCGUCAGGAAUUCCUAAUUGACGACUUCCGUAUGGAUGAGGGAACAUUUGAAGAGGACCGUUUGAAGUACAUUUAUGCCAAAGACGCAAGGAUCCGAAGUUACCACUUUUCAAUAGAUGCAAGAUCCGGAAAUAUCCUUCUUGAGGACAACAGAGAAUCAACACUUUCUCACCUUGGGAAUGAUAUUCACCUUGAAUCAUCUCUGAAUAACAAAGGCCUCUUGAUUGGUAGGUAUUGGUCUUGGAUUGGUGGACCUUAUCAUUACAUGUGCCUGGGAAACCCUUCAAAUUGCCUCAAUGGGUUCUCUCUAAGUUUGUGGUUUAAAGAAAAAAGUAUCCCUGCCGUAAACGGAAGUGUUUACUUGGUGUCGGCCGGUGAUGAGAUGGGAAAUAGUCCAGACGGCUUUCACGUGUACCACCAAGGAUGGGGUGACUUGUACGUCAUUGCUGUCACAAGAAAUGGCACUACACAGAAGGUCACGUUUGGAAUUCGCGAAGGACUGUGGACACACGUACACAUGUCGUGGCUGAAUGAUUUGAGUGUUACAAUCAAUGGCGUACCUUACCAUGGCGAAGUUCAACACAGCCAGGAGCAGGAAGGAGGGCUUAAAAUCAACAGCACAAUUCUUAAGCUGGGAGCGCCUGUCAACCAAGAGCAAAUUGGAAACGAUUGGCAGAUAGUUGUCGACGACAUUCGCAUUUGGGAAGAGGUCGUGUCAGUGGAGGAUGCAAAGGAAGAGUAUGCAUCACUGGCCAUUAAGCGAGAGUACAGAUUCUUCUCAAAAGGACAGUCUAACUUCGGAGAAUUCCCAAACGACUGCCUGGGAAGCUCCAUCUACUGUACUUUGGGCUUCACUGUUGCUGCAUGGAUCCUCCCAACAGCAACAUCUGACGAAGUGCAAACAAUGCUGUCAAAUUCUUGCAACAACAGCUACAGCAGAGGAUUCACAGUCAUGUACCACCCAGCAACGCAAAUGGGAACAGUGCUGCUAACAACUGUCGACAAACAGUUUUCAACAACCUUCCCGAUGCUGAAGGACAAGUGGAUCCACGUGGUCAUCACCUGGGACAUCGAAGCAGAUGAAUUCAUUCUGUUUCUCAACGGAAGACGUUUUCUUGGGGAAAUCGAAUCGGACAAGCUACAGGUGCUUAAGACUGAUCCGCACACAUCGGUGUAUUUCCAAGGCAGAUAUAGACUGUUGUCAUCUACAAAAGACAGUUCUACAGAGACCAUCUUCUUCAAAGAGGGCAUCCUUCCAGCAAGGGAUGUUUUAACCUUGUAUGAAAUUGGAAGACCCAUAGUCCAUUAUGAUAUUCCUAUGACAACUACAAACGGGAGUUUUGUGGAGGAGAGUUAUCCGGUAUGCGCCAUCCACGGGGAUGUAACACGGGCAGUUCAUAACUACCGGCCGCACCUGAACUUCAGUGGCUGUGCCUACAUGGACUGUGGGGAACUCUCCAUAGAGUGUCUGGUGGACCACACGAUGUGUCACGGGAUAGGGAUGAGUUUCAGGAUUGCAUAUUCUGGGGUCAUUCCGGUGAAGAUAAUGUCAGUGAUUGCACAAAGUGGAGACGAACUGACAAGCGUGGAUUGUGACCCUGGGUCUUCAGGCUGUGCAUGGAGCAUUGAGAACGCCAUGUUGAAUUUCACUGUGCAGCCUGACGAGUGGAAUUUUAUCCAGCUGACCAUGAAUGGCCGGUAUGAAAUGGAAGCAUACGUAAAUGGCCAUUUUAUGGCUUCCAUCAAGACGGAUCUUCAGUUUGAGUCGUCCUUCAACACCACUACAGUCGCUACGCUGAAGUUAGGAGCCAUGGUUGAUGACUGUGUGGAGGGGUCAGACAGCAGAGUUCAGUUUGCGGGGUGGUGGUUCAAGGACCGCGCUCUUCGAACGUCCGAACUUGAUGAAAGUGAUCCGGACUGGGAUGCGUCCAUAUACCUCCCUAUGGACUUGCGUGGCCAGGUGCCUGCUGGCUAUCCCGGCAUCAGAACCAGCGGGGAUACAGUACAGCUUGUGGACGGGAUGGUUGGAAAGGCGGCCAGGAUCGACGGAUCCGGCUUGGACCAGCUUGUCACCAUUGAGAAAGCCAACCUGCCAAGGAGUCUUGUAGACUUCAGCACCCUGACCCGCGGAUAUACCGUGUGUCUCUGGCUCUUCGCCAUACCAACCGGGCAAGACAGGAACUACUACCUGGAUUUUACCGGAGACCACCAUAACUCCUGGGGCUUCAGUCUGUACCACGAUCCUGUGGAAAAGCAUCACGCUGUUGUCGUAUCUACACCAGACCAUAGCUGGAAGGUGACGUUUCCACCUUACAUAUACCGAUGGACCCACGUGGCUUUUGGCUUCAACCCUAAAAACGCGUCUGUUUCCCUCUUCCUGGAUGGAAUGUUUUAUAAAACGUCAACCGAUCCUGUGGACAGAGCAGAGGAGCCGAUCGAUCGUAGUGUAAUCAAGGCUGCAUUUGGUGCCCGCUACACUGCACAUAUAUCCUCACUGCCUAGCACAAUGAUGCUGGAUGAGUUCAGAUUCAUUGAGAGACCACUCACAGCAGAAGAAGUCUUCAUCGCUUUCCGAUCUCCUUUGGGAUCGACCAUACCGACGCUGUGCAUGUUUUGUGGAGGACUUGCACCAGGCUCAAAGGUGGUAAACAUCAAGUACGAUCCAACCUUACCUGCACCCGUGUCAUACCAAGAGUCAAAUGACACAGCCUUUUCUGUGGAAGACGGAUCCUUACAGCUUCUUAGCUACAUGACUUCAUUACAAUAUUCUUACAAUAGUCUAGAGAAAGGAUCAGCUUUUACCUUAGGCUUCUGGCUUACGGUGAACCGUGAGUUGCAAGGCUCGGCAUUGGUGCUGUCCAUACCUGAGAAAGGAAUAUGGGUGUCCCUUGUCAACAGUACUUCUGAAGAGGCACAUUUGUCCGUCAGUACAAUUUUGCCAGCAGAUAAAGUUACGAUAGUUAAAGUAUUGAUGUCUUGUCACAAACCGAUGCUGAUACUGGCCAUGUUGGUGGAUGAGAAUCUGUCAGUUCAUGUCAACGGAGACCCCGUUGGUAACAAUGGGAAGAAGCAGGAAAGCUGGACAGAAUAUUCCAACGGAUUGGUAGAAACACUUGGGUCAGAUAAUGGCACUGAAGGCCCAUUGUUCUCACUCAAAAGUGUACUCUUCUGGAAUGGUGUCAUACCGACAACGAGAGCACUUGGUGAGUAA